AAUAAUGCAAAAGUAGCUGUGCUGGGUGCUUCUGGAGGAAUUGGACAGCCCCUUUCUCUGCUCCUUAAGAACAGUCCUUUGGUGAGCCGUCUAACGCUCUAUGACAUUGCUCAUACCCCUGGUGUAGCAGCUGAUUUGAGCCACAUCGAGACCAGAGCCACUGUCAAAGGUUACUUGGGACCUGAGCAGCUGCCAGAUUGCUUGAAAGGCUGUGAUGUUGUUGUGAUUCCCGCAGGAGUCCCCAGAAAGCCGGGAAUGACUCGUGACGACCUUUUCAACACCAAUGCUACCAUCGUAGCUACUCUGGCUGCUGCCUGUGCUAAGCAUUGCCCAGAAGCCAUGAUCUGUAUUAUUGCAAACCCGGUCAAUUCUACCAUCCCAAUCACAUCUGAGGUUUUUAAGAAACAAGGCGUGUACAACCCCAACAGAAUCUUUGGUGUAACAACCCUGGAUAUUGUCAGAGCAAACACUUUUGUUGCAGAACUGAAGGGCCUGGAUCCAGCUCGGGUCAAUGUCCCCGUCAUUGGCGGCCACGCAGGGAAGACUAUCAUCCCCCUGAUCUCUCAGUGCACGCCUAAGGUGGAGUUUCCUGAGGAUCAGCUCAAAACCCUGACAGGAAGGAUCCAGGAGGCUGGCACAGAGGUUGUCAAAGCUAAAGCUGGAGCUGGUUCUGCUACCCUGUCAAUGGCCUAUGCCGGGGCCAGAUUUGUCUUCUCUGUUGUGGAUGCGAUGAAUGGGAAGGAGGGAGUCGUGGAAUGCUCCUUUGUCAGAUCAGAAGAAACAGAGUGCUCCUAUUUUUCCACACCCUUGCUGCUUGGGAAAAAAGGCAUUGAGAAGAACCUGGGCCUUGGCAAGCUGUCGCCUUUCGAAGAGAAGAUGGUUGCUGAGGCCAUUUCCGAGCUGAAAGCCUCCAUCAAGAAAGGGGAGGAUUUUGUCAAGAACAUGAAGUGAGGAAACGAUACUGUGAGAGGAGGAAGCCAUUUCCUUAACUUAUUAAAGCAUCAUGUCACUUGGAAGAUAUUUCAUACGCAGUGCAUCCUCUUGGAGGAGAUCGAUUGGAUUAAUGAAUUUUGUCGAUUGGUUUGUCGCCACAUCAAUAAAACUGUCACCGUUUUUUCCCCCUGUG